GCCGAUGUACUCAUUGAAGCUCCGCCACGCAGGGUUAUCAGCAGGCUGAGUCGAUGCUCAGUCUCUGCUGUGUCAACGUGAUGGUGGUGCGUGGUCUGCUAAUGAAUGGAGCCCUGCAAGCCGGCGAUCUCUCACAGCUAGAGCUGCUCGACUAUGGAAAGGAACUCAUGCGGGUAGCCGGCUGCGUGCUGAUGUCGACAGACCGCGCUGCGAGUCUGCAGCAGUCGCAGCAGCUGCAGCUGCUCUCCAUUCUACGGCAGAUGUACGCGUGCUCGGAGAGCGCCGGCGACUGUGCGGGAUCCGUGGCACAGCUGUGUCGCAGCCUGAUGCCGGCUGAGCUGCUGCAGUGGCUGCUGAAGCAAGCGACAAAGCUCGUGAAGCAGGGCAGGGCAGCAGGGGCGCCGGUUGCCACGGCGACCGGCAGGAAGAGGUCAGACUUUGACGAGCUGAUGGAACUGGAGUUCAACGACCAGGCGGCGGCGGGACCAUCUCAAGACCUCAGCUUCUUCUUUGAUGAGGACGACAGCAUGUCACAGUCGUCCGACAUGUCAGCUGUACAGUGCAGUCCGCUGUCGCAGGAAGGAUUGUCGGAGCAGGUCAUGCUUGAGUUGGACUGUGUGAGGCUGCUCGCGCGUUACUGCGCGUGUGACGGCGGUAGCGGCGGUCCCAGCUCGCUGCUGCUGCCGUGCGACAGGGCUGUCAGCUGCCAGCUACUGCGCCUCGUGAUGGAGAGUGAUGUGAAGCAAAGAGCAGGACUACAGAUGCUCGUCGCCGUGGGGACGGGUCUCGGCAGCGACGAUCACAGACUGUCGGAUGAGGAUCUGCUCUCGCUGCUGCGCUGCGUCUCCGCCGCGCUGCGACACCACGCGCGUGACCAGGUUGUCGUCAUCACGCUCCUCGACCUGCUGACGACGUUGCUGCGUCACGCGUACCGCGACGACAAUGACGUCGCAUUCGACGAGUGCCGGCGCGUAGGGGGCGCCGCGCUCGCCGCAUUCGAGUGGCGGGACGACGCCGGGCUGCCCGCCGCGAGCAAGAUGGCCGCCGCAGCGUGUCUGCUGAGUCUCGCGGGCUCCGUCGGGGAUUUGGGAAGCGCGCGGCUCGCGGGGCCUGGCGGGGAGGCAGGAGACGAGUGCCCUUUGCUGCUGGCCACCUGCCUGGAGUUGCUGCGCAACGACAGUCACAAAGUGAAGAUGCUCACUGCCGACGCCGUGAAAAUGUUCUUUGGCGUGGACGAUCGCACAGGACACUACAGGCUGACGGCUGCUGAACAGGAGCAGCUGUUUGUAAAGCUCUGUGAACACCUCAGAGAGUCGCUGGACGACGUGGGAGACUAUAAGGGAGUGGAGAAGCGAGAUCAGCUGGCUUCCAGGGUUUACGCGUUAGUCACGUCGCUGGCAAACGUAGCCACGUCGUCGCCAUACUGCGAGAAGAAGGCUGUGCUGGCGUUGUGCCAAGUCGUCACUGAUUACGGCGUUAACUUGGACGAUGUUCGCGAGGUGCUGCGUGACGUGGCGGCGGCGCUGGGAUAUCCGAGUCUGAAGUGCUACAUGCAGACGCACCUCGGCUUUCUCAUCAGCGCGUGGCUCGACGAGGGAGAGAAGCUGGACAGCCUGCCCUACGCUCUGUUCGAGUGCGGCACCCUAGAGGAGUUCUACAGGCAAAACUAUCAGCAGCUAGUACCGCACCUCGUCAUUCACGACUCGUUCGACGCCGUGCGCACGCUAGCGCUGCACGUCUGCGGCGGCGGCGCCGUCGACCCGGCGCUGACGCUGCUGGUCGAGUGCUUCCCGGCCGUGUUCGUACACGUGCUGCCACUGUUCGCGGCAGGUGGCGCCGGCGGGCUCGACGACGGCGACCCCGAUGCGGAGGUAAAGGUCAAGCGAGCCAUCGUCGCCUACCAUAAGUUUGAGGAGGCUGUGACGAAACCGGUGAUGAACCAGCUGCUGACCGAUCGGCUGGACGAGGUUGUCGUCUGCCUACUCAUGCUGCUGGACCCCGGCUCGCCCGCAUCGUCGAUGCCUCACGCGCUCAACCCUCCCGCGUUCAACGCCUACACGAUCAAGACGACGCUCGACUACCUCACCACCUACUGCAAGGCUGGCAAGACUCAGUCAUGCCUCGUCAUGCUGCUCACUACACAGCAGGACAACAUACAGAAGGUGCUGCUGGCGCUGUCGGUGGCGAUGGCGCGCGCGUACACGUUGCUGGAGCGGCGGCGCGUGCUGCUCAUGUACCGGCUCUUCGUGCGUCUGCUCGUGCGGUACCUGAGCUCGGGCCUCGGCGGCGCGUGGGCCUUCACACUGCGCGACGUCGUGCACACUGUAUGCCGGCACAUCGGCGACCUACGCCUGCAGGCUGAGGAGAGGUACACGUCGUCUCCCUUCUCACCUCCACCCACCCCCGCCACCUGCCCCCGCCCCCGCGAGCGUGCUCUCACGUCGUGCAUCAGAAGAGAGGUACGCGCCAUCUACUUCGUCCGUCGUGCAUUGGCAGUAGAACAAAAAUUUAGUUAUUGA